AAUCAACAACCGGCCCUGUCCUCGUGAUUUCUGUUUGACCGACCCGGAGGAGGACAAGAAUGAUUUAAAACGUAGGAAAGGAGCUCGUGCCAGCGGCACGUGUGAGUGGAUGGUCCACACAGAGGAAAUUAUCGCCUGGCUUGGUCCCGGACAAGAAGACAUUCUGUGGCUCCAUGGGUUUCCAGGAACAGGAAAAUCGACAAUGUCCAUAUUUCUCGCCGAGAAACUAUCGGCAAAAGCCCCUGGAACCAGUAUAAAGAAAACGGUAUCGUACUUUUUCUGCGACUCGGGUAAACCUCAGAGAAAUACCGCCACUUUAGUGAUCAGAGGGCUGCUUUAUCAACUCUUCAAACAUCACCCCCCGCUCCUCAAACAUUUCUGGUCAAAGUACGAUGAGCGCGGGCAGUAUAUUUACGAGUCAUUUGAUGCACUCUGGCAAAUAUUCAUGGCCGCAGCGGCGGAUCAGCAGACCGGCCGAAAGUACUUUAUCAUUGAUGCACUAGACGAAUGUGAUCAGGACUCACAAAAUACACUCUUACGGCAGUUUGAGGAAUCUUUCUCGAACCUCAAUAAAGCCAACUCGAAUAUUCGGAUACUGGUGACUAGCCGGCCCUACCCCGAGAUAAAACGAUACUUGAAAGGAUUCGCGAACAAGGAUUUAGCUUCGUACCCCCAGAGAAAGCAGGAUAUCGAACUCUAUAUCGAGGACAAAGUGAAAGAUCUUGCUAAUAAGAACUCCUAUACCCCGAAGGUCAGGGAUCAAGUCAGGACCCUUCUUCGGGAGAAUGCCGGAGGUACUUUUCUAUGGGUGGGCUUGGUAUGUGAGCAACUAGGCCAGACUGCUUCAAAAAAAGCUGUUCAAGUGUUAAAGGGCUUACCUCCCGGGCUUCCUUCACUAUAUGGGAAACUUCUCAACGCAGCCCUAGAACAGCAGGGUGAGAUUGUGGUUCGCAUUCUGAAGCUUGUUGCUGUAUCCCUGCGACCACUGAGCGUCCUUGAGCUUUCUGAAAUCUGCCAACUUAAUGUUGAUGAAGAGGAUUUAGCCACUCGGGAGCUGUAUACUCGAGAUGACAUUGAAUCUUGCCGUCUUAUGGUCAUCAUUCAGGACGGAAAGGUGCUACUGUUACAUAAGUCUGUACGAGACCAUUUGAGUCAAGCGGGCCAUCUUGAUGAGCUGGAUACGCACGCUGAGCUCGCCUAUCGGUGUAUUGACCUGGUCAUUAAACCCCCGGCCUAUUCUUCAAAUUAUGCGAUCGAAAAUUGGCCCCGACAUGCGCGCAUGGCGCAGUCAAAAUUUGCUGUCCAGAUUUCGCAGACCCAGUUUUUUGAAAUCUAUUCUCCAUGUCGAGAGAAAUGGCUUGAUGAAAUCAGAAGAUCAUUUGGCACUCAUCUUCCGAGGAAUUUGUCUCUUCUCCACAUAGCUGCAGAAUGGGGAUUGUCUACAUUAGCUCGCCAUGUUUACUCUCAAGCAAAGCAGAUGAACUGCCUGGAUAUUUCCAGUCAUCUUUGUGACGGUGUGACGCCAUUUGAGCUGGCUGUUCAAUCUCGAGAUGCGAGUAUUGAAGUCAUUUCUGUCCUUCUGGACGAAUUUGAUGAGAAGGUUACUACGCGAGUGCUUGAAGCUGCUGCCAGAAACCGAGGGAAUGGCGAGGAAGUGAUCAAAUUUCUUCUAGUCCGUCUUGGAGACCAGAUCACAGUGACCAAAGACGUUGUUAUAGCUGCCGGUGAAAACUGGGAGAACGGCGAGGGAGUGAUGAAACUGCUUUUGGAAUAUCGAGGAGACCAGAUCAAAAUCGAUGAGGAGGUGGUCAUAGCCGCUGCAGCAAAUCGUGGGAAUGCAAAGGGAGUAUUUAAAGUGCUUCUAGACUACCAAGACCAAAUCAUAAUUACCGAGGAGGUAGUCAAGGCUGCUGCUGGGAAUCGGUGGAAUGCGGUGGUAUUAAUGACGCUUCUUCUAGAUCGUCGAACAGAUCAGGUCAAGAUUACUGAGGAGGUACUUAUAGCCGCUGCUGGAAACUGGGGAAGUGGCGAAGGAGUCUUAAAUCUGCUUUUUGACUACUUGGGAGACGAGAUUGAAGUUACUGAGGAUGUCUUAAUAUCUGCCGCUGGAAACUGGGCGAAUGGCGAGGCAGUGAUGAAACUGCUGCUACGCCGCCGAGGUGCCCAGGUUAUGGUCACCGAGGAGGUUCUUAAGGCUACUGUUAGCAACCGAGGGAACAAAGAAGCCUUGGUGAAACUUCUUCUGGGCCAUCUUCUGGACCACCAGGGCCAGAUCACAAUCACCGAUGAGGUAUUCUGGAAGGCUCCCGCUGGAACCUUGAAUCAUAGCGAGGUGACAAAAUUGCUUCAGGGCCACAUUUGAUAGUAAUGAAAUAUCCGAGAAUGAAGCUCUCAUUCGCUGCUAGUGUAAGGUAUGGCUAGAUCAUGAAAAAGAGAAUAAUUAUCCAUCAAUCAGAGCCACACAAAGAGAAAUUGAAAGCCCCAGAGCUAUUAGUACUGGUAUUAUCAGAGACUCCGUCCAACCUAUUUGGAAGAGAGCCUAGUACAAAGGGUAGAACUUGAUCGCAAGAUAAGUGAAGUAUCCCGCCGAGACAGGCUAUCCGAUAAACGGGAGAACACAAAG